UUCUCUCUGUGCCACAACUGAAACUACAGAGAAACCCAAAGAGACAGAUGGAGAGAAAGAGGAAUAGUUAGAAAGAAAAGAGAGAGGUGAGGCAGAGGGAAUAAGGGGAGACAGACAGAUAGGGGACAGACAGACAGAUAGGGGACAGACAGAGGGCAUCAGCUGGACCGAGGGAUACUGUACAACCGUGUCAAUGUGUGGGAUAUCUCUGGGGUCUACAUACAGCAUCACAUGGACGGGACCAUUAAGGAAGCUUUGUCGGUGGUGAGUGACGACCAGUCUCUGUUUGAAUCAGCAUAUGGAGCUUCCUCCCAACUCCCCAAGGAAGACAUGACUGCCUCAGGGAGCCCAGACUAUGGCCAGCCCCACAAAAUCACUUCAAUGCCUCCCCAGCAGGACUGGAUCAACCAACCUCUUCGUGUCAACAUCAAAAGGGAAUAUGAGCACAUCAAUGGAUCAAGGGAAUCACCUGUGGACUGUAGCAUUAACAAAUGCAGCAAACUCAUUGGGGGUCCAGAAAACAAUACAAUGGCCUAUAACAGCUACAUGGAUGAGAAAAAUGGACCUCCACCUCCAAACAUGACCACCAAUGAGAGAAGAGUCAUUGUGCCAGCAGAUCCUACUUUAUGGAGCCAGGAUCAUGUUCGUCAGUGGCUGGAGUGGGCUAUUAAAGAAUAUGGACUGAUAGAAAUUGACACAUCCCUUUUCCAAAAUGUGGAUGGAAAAGAACUGUGUAAAAUGAACAAAGAAGAUUUCUUACGGGGCACAUCUAUGUAUAAUACAGAAGUUCUACUCUCUCAUCUCAGCUACCUCAGGGAAAGUAGCUCCUCAUUAAGUUAUAAUGCACCAGCACAUACAGAACAGUCUUCACGUGUAACAGCCAAGGAGGACCCCUCCUAUGAUGUGGUCAGGAGAUCUGGAUGGGGAAAUCCCAUGAGUCCUGUAGUAACAAAUGCAAAAAGUCCUCCAGUUGUAACAAAUCAAAAUGUGAACAAAGGCAGUGAACAACAACGCCCCCAGCCAGAUCCUUACCAAAUAUUGGGGCCUACAAGUAGCAGACUAGCUAAUCCAGGCAGUGGGCAGAUUCAACUGUGGCAGUUCCUCUUAGAGCUGCUAUCGGACAGUUCCAAUGCUAGCUGUAUCACCUGGGAAGGAACAAAUGGAGAGUUUAAAAUGACAGACCCAGAUGAGGUUGCACGAAGAUGGGGUGAAAGGAAAAGCAAGCCGAAUAUGAACUACGACAAGUUGAGCAGAGCACUAAGAUACUACUAUGAUAAAAAUAUCAUGACUAAAGUUCAUGGAAAACGCUAUGCCUACAAAUUUGACUUUCAUGGUAUUGCUCAGGCUUUACAGCCCCACCCAACGGAGACAUCCAUGUAUAAAUACCCUUCAGAGUUUUCAUACAUGCCAUCCUACCAUACCCAUCAACAGAAGGUCAACUUUGUCCCUUCUCACCCUUCCUCAAUGCCAGUAGCAUCUUCUGGCUUCUUUGGAGCAACAUCACCAUACUGGAGUUCCCCAAGUGCAAACAUCUACCCCAACCCAAAUGUUCCACGACAUCCUAAUACUCACGUGCAGUCACAUUUGGGAAGCUUCUACUAGAUUUCCACUUUGUAAGGACGUUAUAAACAGUUUUUAUCCGGGGAUGUAUAUCACAUUCAUUGGAUGCAGACCUGAAGACAAGGUUGAACAGUUUGUGCCAGAAGACCAGUAUUAUUGUUACAAAUACUCCUCUCUAUAUGUGGAAUCGGAUGUUUGUAAGUUAGUAUUAUUCUCAGUUUGCCUUGGAAUAGGGAAAAAAAUUAAACCCAAGGAUGUGAUUAAGAAGAUUUAACCAUUUUCUGAUUACUUAAACUCUUAAAAUAUGGACUGUUAAAAGCAAAUGAUUUAUAAUAGAGACAUUUAACCAUUUUGUGCUAUUUUUUGUCAGUAUUUUAUAAUAAGCACUGGAUGGCUUAGGUUUGUUUUGUUUUUUUAAACUAACUGGAAACAAUGAAAAUGUUUUUUAUAUAUAAAGAAAAAAAAAGGCAUUUCUUAUACCUGUUUGAAUUAUAUUCGUUGACAAUCAUAAAUCCGGUCUUGUUAAAAAAAAAAGUGAUAACUAACAAGAAAAAGCAAGGAUCAUUUUCUUUAUUUUUUUCUUUGUAUAUAUUAGGGAUGUAAGAAGAUUUGAUUAACUUUAUAACCUCUAUAAAAUUUUGUUUUCCAUAAGAGAAUAUUAAAAACAGUUAUUUUACUUAUAACCCAAGAGAAUUUACAAAAAAUUAGCUAGGUUGCUCUGAUAAAAUAUAAAUCAUCCACAAUUAUUUAAA